AUGAGAACAACAACUCCAAAAUGGUAUCAAGUUGUAGCUGAAAAUUUGAAGAAUAAAGGGCUCAAGAUUGGAUUUGUAGAUGGGGGACAGCCAGCAAAAAGCCUCAAAUUACCCCAUGGAGUAGAUAUAAAAGAGAUUACUUUUCAAACUGUUGGAGAUGAUGUCAGAUGGAAGGACUUGUAUCCUGAGUGGAUCGAUGAAGAUCAUCCUGAGCUGCAGAAAUGCCCUAAAAUUCCAAUGCCAUGUUUCGAACAUUAUCGGGAUUUAAACGCUGUAGUUGCCACUGUUCCAUGUCCAAGCAAUGCUACUAACACAGGAUAUGAUGAUGUAUUCAGGCUGCAAGUUAAUCUAAUAGUUGCUCAUGUAUUGGUCAGAAGCAAAAAGAUUGAUCAUAAUGAUUUAGGUGAUAGAGAAGUAUAUGCUGUUUUCUUAGGUUCUUGUGGUCCAAUGUUUGAGUUAUUCAGAUGUGAAGAUCUCUUAUGGAAUGACAUCAAUACUUGGAUUUACAAGCCUGAUUUGAAAAGGCUGCAACAGAAAGUGCAAAUGCCUGUCGGAAGUUGUCAGCUUGCGCCGCGAAAUGCUGUCGAAUCAGGACAAAAAUGGUUGGUGAAAAAUGCAGAAAAGCCAAGAGAAGCUUAUGUAACAGUCAUCCAUUCUUCAGAAGAUUAUGUUUGUGGUGCAAUUGUUUUAGGCCAAAGCAUCAUCCAAACAAAAACAAAGAGGGAUAUGAUCCUUCUUGCAGAUACUACCAUAUCACACAAAUCUUUAAGAGGACUAAAGGCGGCCGGAUGGAAAAUCAAACUCAUCGAACGAAUCAGAAGCCCGAAUGCAGAAAAAGAUGCAUACAAUGAGUACAAUUACAGCAAACUUAGGAUUUGGCAACUCAUAAAAUAUGAUAAGGUCAUAUUCAUAGACUCAGACUUAUUAGUCCUGCAGAAUCUAGAUGAGUAUUUCUCAUACUCACAAUUGUCAGCUGCAAGAAAUGGAAGGCACAUUUUCAAUUCGGGUGUCAUGGUGAUCGAGCCAUCGCGGUGCACAUUCGAGACCAUGAUGUCGAAAAGAUUCAGCAUUGUUUCAUACAAUGGAGGUGAUCAGGGAUUCCUGAAUGAGAUAUUCAGGUGGUGGCAUAGAUUGCCUAGUAAGACGAAUUUUCUCAAGGAAUUCAGUAACAAAGAAUUCGGCCCUGAUCAUCAGUAUCCCAUCACAGUUCAUGCAAUGCAUUUUCUGGGAACAAAACCAUGGAUGUGUUACAGAGAUUAUGACUGUAAUUGGGACAUUUUCCAUUAUCAGAGGUUUGCAAGUGACUCUGCUCAUUCGAAGUGGUGGCAAGUGUUUGAUUCGAUGCCGAAGAAGCUGAAACGCCAUUGCAAGUUGACUCCUGAGAUGGAAGAAGAUGUUAUAAUGAACAGGGAAUUAGCAAAGGAAUUUAAUUUUUCUAAUGGCCAUUGGAAGAUCAAUGUGAUCAAGGAUCCUAGGAGGACACAUCAUCUGUGA